GCAGCUGCAGCUACAACUCGUGGAGGCGAGAAUGACACCGGCGCUCCCGUACACGAAGACAACCUGAGCGUAAGGACGGAUCCUUUUCUUUUCUGCAUUUAUAAGAUACUACAAUGAUGGCGCUCUUUGUUGCACCUUUACGGACACGGUUGAUCGUGCCGGUUUUUACAUUCAUUGCACUGUGGGGAUGCGCGCUGUCCAUCACUCGCUACUCUAUUCCGGAGGAGAUGGAAGAGGGCUCCUUUGUUGCCAAUCUGGCCACAGAUCUGGGUUUGGAUGUUCGCAGUUUGGUGCAGCGUAGCGCGAAACUCGAUGUCAUUCACAGCAAAAAUUACCUUGACAUCAACAAAGAAACGGGGGAGCUGAUAAUCCGCGAGAAGAUAGACAGGGAGAGCAUAUGCAUGACUAAAACCACCUCGUGCUUUCUGAAAAUGGAUGUCAUACUGGAAAACCCCAUCCGUAUCUUUAAUAUCGAGUUAGAAAUCAUGGACAUCAAUGAUAACGCGCCGAUGUUUCGCAGGAAGACAAUGCACUUGGACAUUUCCGAGGCAACCCCUCCCGGUGAGAGGUUUUCAUUGACAAACGCGGUGGAUGCGGAUGUGGGGGCGAAUUCAAUCAAAACGUACUAUCUGAGUGAGAGCAAAUACUUUAACAUUGAUAUUCAGACUGGCAGUGAUGGCUCCAAAUAUGUCGAUUUAGUGCUGAGCGCUAAUUUGGACCGAGAGGAGCAUUCAGUCCAUAAUUUGAUUCUAACCGCUGUGGAUGGAGGGGUUCCUCCCCGCUCAGGCACAGCUAGCAUCGUUAUUAAUGUGCUGGAUAUCAAUGACAACGCCCCCUUGUUCAGUCAGCCGGUUUAUGCAGUGAACGUCUCAGAGAACUCGGCUGUAGGGGCUGUGGUCAUGACCUUAAAUGCAACAGAUUUAGAUGAAGGCACAAACGCCCAGCUGGUGUAUUCAUACACACUAUACACCUCAGAGAAGACUCAGGAGCUCUUCUCACUCGAUCCAAACUCAGGCGAGAUCAAGGUGAAGGGGGUGAUUGAUUAUGAGGAGAGUCAGAGCUUUGAAAUGCACAUCCAGGCUCAAGACCGAGGGGCCAAUCCGCUCUCCGGACACUGUAAAGUCUUAGUGAAUGUCACAGAUCUGAAUGAUAACUACCCAGAGGUGACCAUCAAGUCUGUGAAAAGUUCCCUCACAGAGGAUGUCGCUGUUGGAACGCUGAUUGCUGUGAUCAGCGUCAGAGAUAUGGAUUCUGGAAAGAACGGGGAAGUAGAGCUCACUUUGAAUCAAGAAAAGACUUUACCAUUCCUUCUGAACAAAUCAUCAGAGGGUUACUUUGAGCUGCUCGUGUCAAAGCCACUGGAUAGAGAGUUAAUCAGCAAGUAUGACAUCACUUUAAGGGUAACAGACAAAGGCUCGCCACCUUUAGCUGAAAACGAGACCAUCACCUUAGAGAUCCUGGACGUCAAUGACAACGCACCCACGUUCCCCCAGUCCUUCUACACCAUCCAUGUAGUCGAGAAUAAUCUACCAGGGGCGUUAUUGACAUCUCUUAGUGCGUUUGACCCAGAUCUCAAUGAGAACCAAUACUUGGUUUAUUUCAUCAUGGAGAAGGAGAUUGUUAACACGUCCAUGUCAAUGCUGUUCUCCAUCAACCCUGAGAAUGGCGACCUUUAUGCCCUAAAGACCUUUGACUACGAGAGAGAGCGGGAGUUCCUCUUCCACAUUGAGGCGAGAGACUCUGGCGUUCCCCCGCUUAGCAGCAACGUGACAGUCCACAUCAUUAUCUUAGACCAAAACGACAACACCCCUCUCAUCGUGUCACCUUGGCGGGCACAGGGUUCUGUCGUAGAAGAGGUGAUACCUAGAUCAACGGAUAAGGGGCACUUGGUUGCCAAAGUGAUUGCUAUCGAUGCGGAUUCUGAACAGAACUCUAGAGUCACAUAUCAGCUCUUGCAGAUCAGCGAUUCAACUCUCUUCAGCUUGGACCAGUACAACGGGGAAAUCCGGACAACCAGAAUGUUCAGCUACAGGGACCCAAGAGUACAGCGGCUGGUGAUCGUCGCCAAAGACAACGGUCAACCUGCUCUCUCCGCCACCGUCACCAUCAAGAUAUCAACAGUCGAACACGUCAUGUCCUUCUCAGAGACCACUGAGCUACCCAUUGAGUACGACGUCUUCACAGACCUGAACCUGUACCUGGUGAUUGGUUUAGGGGCUGUGUCUUUCCUGCUGUUGAUAACCAUCCUGGUGAUUAUCGUGCUCAAGUGUCAGAAACCAAAACCAAAGGCCAUCAAGAUACCCCCAGCUAACAGGAACAGCGUGAUCAGCCGGAACAGCGUGAUCAGCCAGAGGAGCUCCACCAUCGCAGAUUCCACCCUGAUCUCCAGCGACGCCUACUGGUACAGUUUGUUCCUCGCAGAGACGAGAAAGGGCAAGGUGGUGGUGAGACAGCCCAUCAUUCCUAAAGGAGCCGGGUACUUCGUGUCCAGUAUACCCAGGAGCAUAGGGCCCAGUGAGACCACAGACUCCAGGGCAUCCACACUGGAGUACUCAAAAUGAAAGGAAGUCCAUUCUACAACUGGAGGGACCCAGAAGAGAACUGCCAUGAUAUAAUCAUCUCUUCAUGGGAGUCUCUGGCUGAAGUUUUCUCCCUGUGACUCACUAAAGAAGAUGUAAAACAGCUCCUCCUUCGGUCCCUCUGCUCCUCCUCGUACAAACAUCGACCAGGAAUCACCUCAGCUUUUUUGCCUUCUUUUCUCUUUAAAGCAUGAAUCUGCAUGAUUCUACGACAUAUUUGGACAUAGAUUUAUAACUCAUUUAUGGCAGGAUAUUUGGCCGUUCUUCUAGAGUUGCCUCAUAGUAAAUCAUUCCCUCCUUAACGGACAGAUUUGCCUUCUCUCCAGGGUUUACGCGAUGUGCUAUAGUUCUAGAAACCAUCAGUAGCUCAACUUAUGUAAGUCAUGCAACAUUUCUUCAAGAUCAAAACACGCCUAUUGAAAAAUUCUGAUAUAAUCAGGGUGAAUACAAUUCUUCCAUAACUCUGAUAAACACUGAACUGUAGCUGGUUCUGUCACUGAUUCAGGCUUUGCACUUGGUGUUUUUCCUCUUUGAAUAAUAGUUUUUACCGUCUAUUGUUACUCGCCGAUGAAAAAAACCAAUGAUCUGAUUUUAUCAUUUUUUACGAUGUUUGUGGUUCUCAGCGGUGAUGAAUGUGUGAAAAGACAAAAAAAGAAUGAAAGAAAACUCAAAAAAACAAGAGAUAGGUUGUUUCUCUUUUUAGCUGAUUGUAGAUACUGUAGAUGAAAAAGAGGUCAAAGAAGCAAAAAGACUUUUGACACCUUCACUUACAUCAGGUUUUACCUUUUAGACAUCUGUGCUCUUACAUAGCAUCUGAAUGGGCAAUCCGGCUGCAGAGGGGGAGGCACAAAUUACACAGCAAUAUGAAAUUACCUGAAACAUGAUCACGCUGAAGAUCCAGUCCAUAUGUUGUCUCCUCUUGCAGGGGGGGAGGUGCAUCUUUAGAUCAAAUCUCUAGUCAGAGGCAUCAAAAAUUGCCGUAAUAGGCUGCGGGUUUAUCAUGAAAACAUAUUUUUAAAAAUCAGGUUAAAAAAUCAAUUUAUUUGCAACGAGGUUUACCUUAUUAUAUUUAUAAGCUAUUAACUUUACAAGCUAAAUCUGACUGACUUUUCCAGGCUAAAGCUGGCUAUCAAUUCACAGUGCAAAUCUUAUUAAUCAAUAAAAAAGUCAAUUAAAAUGGAAAUCUAAAAAAAUAUUUUGUAUUGAUGAAUACUCUGUUUAUGGAAAAAGUAAGAAUAUUAAAUAAAUGUAUCUUUGCCACGGUUUAAGGAAAUAUAAGGCCCAGGCAAGAUAUUUUAUGACUAUUCAUGUUUUUAUAGAUAUUUUAAGUAUUGACUUUUAAUGCUGCUUUCGUGAGCUUCUCUAAGGGCAUUUUGUGUUGCAUAUUUGUAGUUUGGUGCGUAUGAUGUUGUUUUGAUAGUGUACAUAAGUUAAUAUAGAACCAUGAGUACUUUUCAUGACCUCAACGGUAGCGCUGUUGUGCUGCUGUGAAGCCCAGGACUUUAAAUUUCUCAGAAACAAGGAGCUUAUUAGGACGACUCAUUAGGGUGCUAAAUGAUCAACUGUAAUUGGGUGAGGUAAGGAGAUUGGACUGUGAGAAGGGGAGCAUUGUGUUAAUUAUAGUUGCAGUAUUCUGGUGCUGACUCUGCGGUAAAAAGAAACACAUAGACAGUGCUUAGAAAGUAUUACGCACUUUGAAAAUAUGCACUGAAUCCAAAUGUGAUUGCACACGCUCAGUAAUGCAGCAUGAGAGAAUAUUUCUGAAUAUCUGAGUCAGGGAAACUAAAUCUCUCUUUUCCUCUCUUGCUGUUGCCCAGGUCUCCAGACUUUAACACUGUAAGACUAAAGAUGUCACCUAAUGAGAGAGCUAUUGCUCUCACGUGCAAUCAACGCCUGAACUCACCAAUUUUAACAAAGAAUUUAUAAAAAUUGCACAUAGGAUGAGCUCCUUGCGUGCCUUCUGCAUUGUAAAAGAUGUUUGCGACUGUUCAUGAAUGAAGUAAAGGCAUGUCACACAAUAUUACAAUUUACAGAUACCCCACUGAUUAAAUACCAAGAAUUGUCAGGAGCUCAGCCUUUUGGUCUCAGAGCAGAAGAACCAUUAGAUGCAUUUACUGUAAAUCAAACUGCUUUAUACUUUGUGUUUUUUAUACCGUAGACUUUUUUGAUAUCAUCUGUACUCACUGUGAUCAGAUGGCACAGGAGGUGCUUGUGCUCGGCAUCGUAAAAGUGUGUUAUUUCUCAUUUGUGUACACAGCUCAGUUUUUCCACUCAGAUUGUACAGUAUGCCUUGAGAGUCACAUCAAAACCGUAAUCCAGUUCCAUCCCACUUAGUGGAUCAGAAACAGUAUGGGAGAGAAUGGUAUUGCUUUCUUUUCUAGUCUGGUUAAUUGUCGGAUUUUGAUGUUGCUUAUUUGG